CUGUGCUCCGUGAGCCCGGCGGCACCGGGGGCUCGGCUUUCCGGGCUGCGAUCCUGCGGGACGAGUUUCCCGGGAUGUCGGGGGCUGUGAGCACCACCCCUGCUCCCGAAGGAUCGCCCUGCUGAGCUGGGGCGGGAGCCUGAGUCAGCGCCAGCACAGCCGGUUCUGCCGGRCCGGACCACGCUGGGGCAGGUGGAUGAUGUCCCGGGCCAUGCAGUGCCAGAGCUGGGCUCAGCUGCCUCGCUGCCUGGCAGGGAGCMGGGGGAGCCGCAGCGUGUGUGUGUGUGCAGCUCCAGUGCCAGGUCCUGCAGGCAGGUCYUUCCUCAGGAAGAUCCUUGGCACGAGCAGCACCUCCCUCCCCAGGGCCUGUGUUCGCUACCAGGGAGGCUCCCAGGACAGCUCUGUCCAGCCCAGCUCCUCUCGCCAUGGGCAAUCCCAGCUGAGGAACGUGGCCUCCUCCGGAGCCAUCAAGAAGCACCAGAAGAGCCUGUCUGCAUGGUUCAGCCACCAGCCCAAUGAGGAGAGGCAGUUCGGCCCUUCCUUCUCGCUGGAUGCCGUCCAUGUGGACCCGGUGAUCCGGGAGAGCUCCCUGGAGGAGAUUCUGAAGCCGUCCCCUGAUUUAACCAUCCAGAACCAGCUCCAGCAGCCCAGCAGACGGGUUAUCAGCCUCCACAAUCUCUUUGACGUGGACGCCUGCGGGCGGCAGGUGAAGAACGUGGUGCUCUACGGCACCGUGGGCACGGGCAAGAGCACCCUGAUCAAGAAGAUGGUGGUGGACUGGUGCCACGGCCGCCUGCCCCGCUUCGAGCUGGUCAUCCCCUUCUCCUGCGAGGACCUGUCCCACAGCCAUGCCCACRUCUCCCUGCGGCGCCUCAUCACCAAGAAAUACCAGCACCUCCGGGACGUGGUGCCGGUGCUGGAGGCCUCCAACCUCAAGGUGCUCUUCAUYCUCAACGGCCUGGAGCGCCUCAACCUGGAUUUCCGCCUGGCUGGCACGGAGCUGUGCUGCGACCCCAACGAGCCCGUGCCUCCCUCUGCCAUUGUGGUCAACCUGCUGCGGAAAUACCUCCUGCCUGAGGCCAGCAUCAUCGUCACCACGCGCCCAUCAGCCGUGCGCCGCAUCCCCGCCAAGUACGUGGGGCGCUACGCCGAGAUCUGCGGCUUCUCCGACACCAACCUGCAGAAGCUCUACUUCCAGAUGCGCCUGAGCCAGCCCGGCUGCACCGGGGAGGAGAGCCAGCCCCGCAGCCCAGCAGAGCAGGAGAACCUGGUGGAGAUGUUGUCGAGGAACUUGGAGCGCCACAACCAAAUAACGGCCGCCUGCUUCUUGCCCUCCUACUGCUGGCUGGUGUGCACCACCCUGCACUUCCUCUACUUCACCAGGACGGUUCCUCCCAGCCAGACYCUGACUGGCAUCUACACCAGCUUCCUGAGGCUCAACUUCAGYGGGGAGGUGCUGGACAGCACCGACCCCACCCACAUCUCCAUGAUGAAGUACGUUGCCAAGACGGUGGGCAAGCUGGCCUACGAGGGGGUGAUGUCCCGCAAGAUCUGCUUCUCGGAGGAAGACCUGCGCCAGUGCUUUGAGGUGGAGAUGAAGACCGAAAGCGAGCUCAACCUCCUGGAGGUUUUCCGCAGUGAUGUCUUCCGUUUCUUCCUCAGCCCGUGCGUGCAGCCMGGCAAGGAGCACACCUUCGUCUUCACCAUCCCCGCCAUGCAGGAGUACCUGGCGGCCCUCUACGUGGUGCUGGGYGAGAAGAAGAGCCUGGCCCAGAGAGUGGGGAAGGAGCUGUCCGAGGUCAUUGGGAAGGUGAGCGAAGAUGUGGCUGUGGUUUUGAACAUCAUCUCCAAGGUGCUGCCCCUGCGCUUCCUGCCUGUGCUCUUCAACCUGCUCAAAAUCUUCCCUCGUUACUUCUCCCGGCUGAGCCGCAAGGACAAGGAUGCCAUUGCCCACACCAUGGCAGAGGAGCUGUUCAAAGAGGAGGAUUAUUACAACGACGAUGUCUUGGACCAGAUAAACUCCAGCAUCCUGGGCGUGGAAGGCCCCAUGCGCCACCCCGACGAGGCCCCCGACGAUGAGGUCUUUGAGCUGUUCCCCAUCUUCAUGGGUGGGAUCCUGUCCCGCCGUAACCGCGCCAUCCUGGAGCAGCUGGGCUGCUCCAUCAAGAACCUGGCAGCCUUCGAGAUCGCCAAGGCCAUGAAGAAGACKGUCAUCAGGAAGGGCCACAAGGGCCUGCCCCCCUCKGAGCUCAUGGACUACCUGUUCUUCCUGCACGAGUUCCAGAACGAGCGCUUCACGGCCGAGGCCGUGCGCUCCCUGCGCGCUGUCAACCUCUCCUCCGUCAAGAUGACCCCYCUCAAGUGCUCCGUGCUGGCGUCUGUCAUGAGCACCACAUGCCACGACGUGGAGGAGCUGAACCUGACCUCCUGCAACCUGGACAGCGGCAGCUUGAGGACCCUCUUCCCCGUCCUGCUGCGAUGCAAAGCUCUCCAUCUGCAGCUCAACAGCCUGGGCUCCGAUGCCUGCAAGGAGAUCCGUGACCUGCUCCUGCAUGACAAGUGCGUGGUGAGCAGCCUGCGGCUGGCCAACAACCCCGUGGGUGAGCAGGGAGCUCGGUACCUGGCCGAGGCGCUGGCCGGCAACCGCUCGCUGACCCAGCUGWCCCUGCUGCACACGGCGCUGGGGGACCCCGGUGCCGAGGCCAUCGCCCAGCGCCUGCCUGAGAACCGGCACCUGCAGGAGCUCAACCUGGGCUACAACUCCCUGACGGACGCGGCGGCCCUGCGCGUGGUGGAGGUGGCCAAAGGGCACGAGACGCUGGACAAAGUGCACCUCUACUUCAACGACAUCAGUGAGGAUGGGAAGAGAGCGCUUGACAGCCUGCGCAUGGACCGGGACGGCGUCAGRGCUCUGGUUUUCCUCACGGCGGGCACCGACGUCUCCGAUUACUGGUCCCACAUCCUGAACGUGGUGCAGAGGAACCUGCCCUUCUGGGACCGUGAGCGCGUCCGGCAGCACCUCGCCCUCCUCCUGCAGGACCUGGAGAGCAGCCGCAGCCAGACCGCCAAUCCCUGGAGGAAAGCCAAGUUCCUGCGAGUCGAGAGCGAGGUCAAGAAAAUGCUUGGGAAACUGCAGGACGGGACCCUCUAAGCUGCUGCCCAUCCACCAGCCAGGCAUGGGGCAGUGGAGUGUGCCCAGCAGCACAUUCCCUGCGCCCUUACCUGCCUGGAGAUGCUGAGUGGAUGGUGCUGUGAAAGGUGCUGGGUGUGUGGGGCUCAGCCUCAUCGGCAGGCGAGGCUGAAGUGUGGGAACGGUACAGAAACCAGGCCAGGAGCAAAUGGGACUCAUUCUUCUGGGCUUGUGGAAACCCAGCCCCUGCAGCCYGGCCAGAGCAGCAGCAGGGAGCGGGAUUGGGGCUUGUUUGUGAAUCUCUGGGGAGCAUUAAAGUGCACCACUUUAUUUUCA